UGUGGAAUAAUACAAAAUGCACUGAGACCAGGUUUACAAUAUCAACUUUUUUUUUCUCCAGCACUGAAUGUUUUAAUAAUAAAUUAGUAACAUUUUUGAUUUUACCUCCCAGAUGAAUAACUUCCUAGUUAUAUCAUUCCGGGGCAGUGUGGUUGGGGUUAGAGGUCAGAAAUUGGAACCGACUCCCUGGUUAGCGAUUCGGUUUUUCUCCGCUGCAGCAUCCCGGGACAAUGUGACCCUGCACGGAUCACCUUCAUUAGCUCCUCGGAAACCAUUACGAGGUUUGAUCGGUCCACGACGUGCACGGUUUAGUGACCGUCAGCUGCCACAGCAGCGGGAGCUCCAUCGAGCCAUGCGACAGUGGUGCCUCCCGGCUGCGGUACCGCGACCCGAACCGAUGCCCACAGGGCGCCUCUCACCCCCGCUAUCAGAUGUGAGGAUGGAGUGUUGUGAGGUGGAGCCACGCUAUACCAUCGAGCAGAUCGACCUACUUCAGCGUCUCCGUCUCUCAGGGAUGACCAAGCCACAGAUCAUCCAGGCCUUGGAGUCCCUAGAGCGGCUAGAUCCCGACCAUCGGCCCCCGUACUGUAACGAAUCCCACGCCGCCAACCCCACAACCAACACUACCCCUACCACAGCCUCCGCCCCAGCCCCCUCCUCCUCUUCCUCCUCCUCUUCUUCCUCUCUCUCCUUGGCAUCCGCCACAACGCAGACCCCUGGGCUAGACGGCGCCUCACUGUCGCCUAGCAACAGCUAUGAGGCCUCUCCCCCACCACUGUACCCACAUGGGGUUGGAGUUCAGAAGUCGUUUAGCUAUGACAUCAUGGCAGAGGAGGACUGGGAUCUGGAGGAGAAGGUGGAGGAGUACAUGAGGAGGGACAGUAACCUGGUGAAGGAGGAGAUUAAAACCUUCCUCAACAACCGCAGGAUCUCCCAGGCCAUCGUAGGACAGGUGACAGGUAUCAGUCAGAGCUAUAUCUCUCAGUGGUUGCUGCAGCAGGGCUUGGAGAUGAGUGACUCCAAACGCAGAGCCUUCUACCGCUGGUACCUGCUUGAGAGAAACAACCCAGGUGCUACCCUGUCAAUGCGCUCCCUGGUGAAGGAGGAGCCUGAUUGGAGGACGGGGGUCAGCCCUGGGGAGAGGGGCGGGGUGGCGGGCGGUCCUCUGAGGCUGCGGAGGGGAAGCAGGUUCACCUGGAGGAAGGAGUGCCAGUCAAUCAUGGAGAGUUUCUUCAUGGAGAACCAGUACCCUGAUGAAGCGAAGAGAGAGGAGAUCGCUAACGCCUGCAACUCAGUCAUCCAGAAACCUGGAUGCAAGCUGUCCGAGUUUGAGCGUGUCACGGCUCUGAAAGUGUACAACUGGUUCGCCAACCGCAGGAAGGAGAUGAAGAGACGGGCUAAUAUAGAGGCAGCCAUCUUGGAGAGUCAUGGUAUCGAGGUUCCAAGCCCGAGCUGUCAAUCCAACGGGGAGGAGUUGGAACCACAGGACUUCACAGAGCAAGUGAAUCAACGAUUCAUAGAGCAGGUGAAUCAACGAUUCAUAGAGCAGGAAGAGAUAUCUUCCGGGAAGGACCUUGAUCUACAAGACACCUCCUCAUUGGCUGCCGUCGAGGUCCUUCCCCCUCCAAGCCCCACCUCUCAGGUUCUGGAACAGAAAGCUGACGAAUCGAAGAGAGAGACAGUGGACGAGGAGUGACCAAUGGGAGAGCGUGGAUUUGAAUACAUAACGGCAUAUUAAAAAAUAUAUAUAUUAAUAAUAGAUGCUCUGAAUGUCUGCAGGGGUUAUGACAAGUCAGUGCGUUAAUUGUUGAAAAGGGUGCUAUAGCUCUCUGUGCCUCUAGUGGUAGGGAGGCCACUGUGUCUAUACAGUAAUCAUGCUUUAUAGUAAUGUCAAUAUUUAUCUCUAUCUCUCCAUUCCAAGACGGUCUUAAACGAAAGAAGACUCCUCAUAAAGAAUAGGAGUCUAAGUGGUUAAAAUCCUCUAGAAGCUCAAACAGCCUUUUAACGUUUUCUUUGCUACUUACUUUUUAAUUAUUAUUAUAUUUUUUAAAGGUUUUUGACGAGUGGUUGCGUAAUAAUGGACUGGAGUGGGAACUGAAUGUUUUGAACCUGCAGGUCAGGUGUGUUUUGAUGAUGAGGUGAAGACGGGUGUGUUUGGUCGAGGCGAGUCGAACUUUUGGUUGUGACGAUAAGUGUAAUAUCAGCCUUCUCUGCUAGCUUGAAUGUCUUUGACCCGAUCUUAGUAAACUUGUUAGACUUUGGGAUCAAUCAAUCAAGUAGUCCGGGUCAGUGUUGAGUCCAACCCUGAGGGACACAUGGAAUCUCAGGUAAACCCAAAGAUGGUGGAUGAUGACGAAUCAUCACGCUUCUCUCUCUCUCGCUCUCUAAUAAGCUUCGUUCAAAAGGAAUGUUUCAUAUCAUAUGUUGACUGUUUCUGCGACAACAACAAAAAGCAUCUGUCUUCGUUGUAAUGUCAGCAAGCCAAACUAACACGGCGUUUCAUUUAUUACGCUUCCUGAUGGUCGUCUUUCCUCAACAAAUGUUGAUUUGAUCAAAUGAACAUUUUUUUAUUAUGCAUAAGUAGCUAAACUAAUAGUAAUGAGUUACUCAUGUCCCUUUUUCUCGUAUCGACAUGAACCACUAGUCCGCCCGAACCCAUCGAGAAGCUACUCAAAAGUCUAGUCUGGUUUGGGUUUUAAAAAAUAAAAAGAGAUCUUCUAGGCCACAUAUUAUUAAAGUUGUUAAUCAUGACUUGUAAAAUGUAUCUGUGUUAUAAACAGCAUCUUCUUCUA